CUCGGAAGCCACACUUUACUCUUCCCUCUGUUUCUAUACGUUGACAGUGGUUGCUUCUGCUUCAUCUUCUUCUUCUUCUGCUUCUGCUUCAUCUAUUUUCAUGAUUUUGUUUCUGUCUCCUUUCCUUCCUCAUAUUCUUUCAUACCCACCAUUUUCAUCAAAACCCACCAACUUUUCGUGAAACCCAUUUUCUGUUAAACCCCAUUUCCCCUAAAGUUUGCAUCUUUAAGGCUUCUCAUGUAACAUAAACCCAAAAUCGAACCUGGGUUGUGUUCAAAUGACCAUAGAAACUUGGAAGACAUGAGCAUUCAGGAACUUGUUUCGGUGUCGCGUACAGCGUUUCGGACAGAACAGUUUGAUGAACUUGAAAAGGUUUUAGUGAGUAGAUAUGAGAGACUACACACAGAGAUUCUACAUUUUCAAGAGAAGUUUGACUUGGAGAGACUGAUGAGGUUUCAAGCUGAAGAAGAUUUGAGAAAAAGAGAGGAACUAUGCGAAAGAGGAAAAAGGGCACAGAGUAAUUAUGAAACAUUGUUGGAGGAAGUUAAGAAAACUAGUUUAGUUGAAGGAGACAUCAUUAGAGAGCUAAGAAAGAAGAAUAAUGAAUUGGAGUUGGAAGUUUGUGAGCUGAGAAAGUUGAAGCGAAAGUGGGUGGAUGAUAGCAAUGCUGCUCAAGGUGAAUCAUCAUCAGGGACGGUAAGAACUAGAAGAGCUAGGGUUGGGGUUGCCCAUUUUGGACGUGGACACUCUAUUACCUCUGCAUGUAGGGAGUGUGCAGCUAGGCAUGCACCUAUAGUAGAUGAACGACAAGAGAAUGACAACGUUCAUAUCUCACAGGAGGUCAUUGUGACAGACAAUGUUGUUAUCCCUCCAUCAGACGUGCAGGAACAAAUGGCAAGCCAAAACAAAGCAAAGAUAAAAAAAGGUUGCCACCAACGUCUCGUCUAAGCUCUUUUGACAAUUUUCACUUCAUAUCAUUGGUCCAUCAAGAGCACUAUUCGAAGUUUCUGGCCAACAAAAAGUUUGUAUUAGAAAAAAAAUUCCAGUUGGAAGGGUACAAAUUCUCAGAUAUUCAGGAAAUGAUAGUGACCAGAGGAUGGGGGGAUCUGACAACAUUUGCAAAAGAGGCUAGUGCCCAUUAGCUAAAGAGUUCUUUGCAAAUGCAUAUCUGGGUCCUGCUAAAGAAGAUGGGAACUAUAAGAAUGAUUUGAUGAAAUUCACUAGUUUUGUCAGAGGCAAGAUGGUGCCAUUUCAUGAGAAAAUUAUCAAUCGAUUGUUUGGGCUAGAGAACUAUGAGCAGUGUUCAUUUGAAGCAAGAAAGGCAAAGGGAUCUAACAUUGAUCAUCAGGAGAUUCUUAGUACUCUGUGCAGGCCCGAGGCCGAUUGGAUUAGGAAGAAAGAUGGAACACCAAUAAAACUUAACUCUUCUGACCUGACACCCAUUGCUAAAGCAUGGGAAACAUUUAUUUUGCAUACCUUGCUUCCGAGUUCAAAUGUGUCAGACUUGCCCCUUCAGAAAGCAACCUUGAUAACUGCAAUCCUUAAGGGCGAACCAGUCAAUGUCGUCCGUCUCCUAGCAAAUGACCUUUCGGCCACAGCGAACUGUUCCUCUCCCAAGAGCUACAUCAACCAUAUACAUCGUUGAUCAAUAAGCUUUGUGAAAGGGUGAGGGUGUACCAUGAAAAGAAUGAGGAAAUUGUGAAGCCGGCUGGGCCAGUCACCGUGAAAUGGAUAGAAAAAACAUCCAUUAUAACAUAAAUGACAUAAUGUAGUUGAAAAGGUAUUCUUGUAACUAGUGAAAUAGUAGCCCAGUGUUGGUUAUGAUACUGAACAUGGAACUGUACUCGAGAGUAAAAAAAUGUGCAACUAAAAUAACAUUCCUUUUUGAAUCGAGACCAAACACAUUGCUAGAGUUACUUUUAGAAUCACCUAAUGAGCCAUUUGAUUUGUAUGUAUCUGGACUUAAAGGAUGGGACCUUGUGGUUGAAUUAUAUAUAUAUAUUCUGGUUUGACAAAGACGAUGAUUCAAAUUUUUUAUUCAUAUCAGAAAACUUGCUCAUUGAAUUGACACCCAAGGUAUUAUGCCUAUGGCUCUUUUUCUUUGAAAUGGUUUCUUGUGAACACUUGGUUGGGUAUAUAUGCCCUGAUUAGAGUUGAAUCUGGUAUUUCACCGAGGGUUAUUCCGGUUUCCCUAACUUGGUACUCUACAACUGAUAUCAGAUGGUGGUGUUUUAAAGUUAUUUGUCUCAAACAUGCUUUUGCUGCAUUAUCCUUCAGCAUGUUUUGUUGACUAUCCAUUGGUUGUAUUAAAAAAAGAAAAAGAAAAAGAAAAGGAA